AUGCCGCGCUACAACUGCUUGCUCGGCCGCCGGUCACUCAAGGAGCUUGUCAUUGCCUACCGUGCAACCAUCAAGCGUGUGCUAAUUGUGACUGAGGUUGCACUGCCCAGCAAUACAGGCAGCAGUUUCACACUACAGACUAAUGAUGAGUUACUAGAUAAACUUAGGCACCACACCACAGUCCAUUCACUGCCGCAUCCGAGGCUGUUCAAUGAUGCAACAACGAGAUGUACAUUCUUCACCAAGUCGAGCAGCAAAGUUGUCGCACCAAAUCGAACUUGCUGCUGCACCAUCUUCACCAAGUCGAACUUGCAGCAGCCAGGUACCAUAGUCGCUCAACUUGAUCUCUCUGGUAGCUCAUCCGGCAAGACUGCUCAAUGUGUGGAGGCGCAAGUUGCUCCGCGACCGAGGAAGGCCCCGGUGCUUGCCAUGCCUGAAGACGGCCUCCAACCGCCGGGCCCAAAGCAGCCAGCCUUUGUUCUCAUGCGCGUCUCCUUCCUGCGUCACCUAGCAGUCCUACUUCUCCAUGACGACAAGGACGACGUCGCCAUGCGUGCACGCUCCAACCUGUCCCCUGUCGCAGCCCCACCACUCGAUGCCGAUGCACUCCAACCCGAGGACCACCAUGAUGGAGGUCGCCUCACAGCCUAGCGACGAGUGUUUGUUGGUUUCUCUUUCAUUUACGGACAUCUUGGGCUUGCUGGGUGCAGAAUCAAGAAGCCCAAUCAUCAUCAGGGAUGAAAAAAGGAGAGAAGCACGGGAAGAGGUACUAGUAGAAGAGGAAGAAGUAAUGUGAAAAAUGAGAUAAAUGUGAGAAUAGCAAGUAGUAAAGCAUGAGAGGGAUUCAGAUUUUGUUUUCACAUUCUUGCUGUACACGUACCUUUGGUCUGUAGAUGCACCGUAAUGGAUCUAGGAAGUAUGAAUGGUUAAUACCUCAAUGGUGCACUAUGCAUCUUUGGCAGGUUUUUAUGCAUUUUUAAAUGGUUGUGGAGCAAUUUAAUGGUGCGCUAUGCACUGAAGUAUACAUUGUUUAUAUGUUCUUGUA